AACCGAUUGAAAGAAACCUUCCAAGCUCUCAGUACUAGCGCUCAAGAGACAAGCAAGCACCCGUAGGUCGUUCCAAGUUUCUAUUUAACUAAGUACAUGGUUGAUAUAGGCAGCCAGAUCCCCACUACUUUCGAUCCAUUCGCCGAGGCUGAGGAAUUUGGUGGCACUGGAACCAAGGAGUAUGUGCAUAUACGAAUCCAACAGAGGAAUGGAAAGAAAAGCUUGACAACUGUUCAAGGGCUGAAACAGGAUUUGAGCUACGAGAAAAUUCUCAAGUGUCUCAAGAAGGAGUUCUGCUGUAAUGGGAAUGUCGUGAAUGACAAAGAGCUUGGCAAAAUCAUUCAGCUCCAAGGUGAUCAGCGCAAAAACGUGUCCCAGUUCCUUGUUAAUGCUGGCAUCGUGAAGAAGGAUCAAAUCAAGAUUCAUGGUUUCUAGGGGAAGUUCUUGCUGCUUUUGUCAUGAUUUAGGACUUUUAUGAAAUAAAUUUCUAGGCUGUCUUUGUUUUAGUCUUGUCUUCGCACCCCUUGUUGGGGUGGACCAAUAAUGGAAUCCAAUGUUAAAGUUUCAUUAAUUAUAAUGGAUAGUAUUUGCUUUAAAGCUUUGCCUUUUA